GCGGCCUCUUCCCUUUUGUCGUGGAGCCAGCGCUGGCGGGUCACUCUCCCCGCCGCCCGUGCUCCGCGCGCUCCUCUGCUCCGCGCCGCGAUCGUAGACAUGCUGCGCUGCGGCCUGGCCUGCGAGCGCUGCAGGUGGAUCCUGCCCCUGCUCCUGCUCAGCGCCAUCGCCUUCGACAUCAUCGCGCUGGCCGGCCGCGGCUGGCUGCAGUCGAGCGACCACAUCCAGACGUCCUCGCUGUGGUGGAGAUGCUUCAGUGAGGGCGGCGGCAGCGGGUCCUACGACGAUGGCUGCCAGAGCCUCAUGGACUACGCGUGGGGAAGAGCUGCGGCCGCCAUGCUCUUCUGUGGCUUUAUCAUCCUGGUCAUCUGUUUCAUCCUCUCUUUCUUUGCGCUCUGUGGACCUCAAAUGCUUGUCUUCCUGAGAGUGAUUGGAGGCCUCCUUGCUCUGGCUGCUGUGUUCCAGAUCAUCUCUCUGGUAAUCUACCCUGUGAAGUACACCCAAACCUUCAACCUUCAUGCCAACGUAGCUGUCACUUACAUCUACAACUGGGCCUAUGGCUUCGGGUGGGCAGCCACGAUCAUCCUGAUUGGCUGCGCCUUCUUUUUCUGCUGUCUCCCCAACUACGAAGAUGACCUGCUGGGCAACGCCAAGCCCAGGUACUUCUACACGUCUGCCUGAUGUGGGCAAGGAGUGAAAGAAAGCCCUGCUGCUGACAUGGACCAGAGGAGGACGCUUUUCUCCAGCCCACUUGGAAGCUAUGAUUUGGUUGCGUUCCUAUGAUUAAACUAGACAAAAGUGCUAAAAUAAUUCGGGAGAAAAAAAUUUUUAAAUAGUGUGUACUUUCAUAUUCAUCUUUUACAUGUUUUGUGGAAUACAAAAGGCUUGUUUUGCUAGUUAUUAAUGCAGUAUUUCCUUAUAUCUGUCUAUAACAUGCUGCAUUUGUAAACGAAUAUAAACACAAACUUAAUAAGGUGAGAAGGAGAUGGCUUCUAAGAUUUAAUGGUCUGAUCAAGUUUUGUUUUUCCCAUAUAGAAUGGACUGUUUCUAUAAGGGUUAAGGAAUAGAGGGAGAUGUUGGUAAAAAUUAUCAGUGACCAAAUCUUCAGAAUAAAAGCAAAACAAAAAAUACUUUUUCAAGUCUUCAGCUAUUCAAAGAAGCAAAAUAAUUUCCUAGGGGCUAUCAUUUGUAAGAAUUUCUAAUUAAUGUCAUGAAUAGUUGCUUCUUUGCUAAGCUUUGCCUUAACUUGAUGUGUUAUACAGGAAAGUAUUGUUUCAUGGGUAAAACAGGUUUUAGUAUAAAGACCUCUUUAAGUAGUGAAAUGUUGAGAUGAAAAUUUCUCUUUUAAAGUAGUUUAUAGAGUUAGGGUGUGGGAAAUUGCUAUAUUAAUACAUCUAUACUUGUUUUGUGUCUAUGUGUUCAGUUCCAAUGUAGACUGGACUAAAAGGUGGACCAGGUCUAAUUCACUCUGAUUGAUGGAUCUGAUUAGGUCAUGUUGUGAAGCCUUAGGAGGCUGUCGCUAUCACAAAAGUGCCAUUGAAACAGCCCAGGAAGAAAAAGUGGCUUGGAUUUUUCAUUUUGGGUUUAACUGGGCUGUAAUCAUAUAGACACAGCUCUGAUAGAUUUUAACUGUAAUAAAAACCAACAUAUAGUUAAAAACCUGGUAUUCCUUGGUAAACAGACUUAAAAUGUCUGAUGUAAAACAUACAACAGGAGAACACAGGAUGUGAGUUUCUCUAAGUAUAUAUUGGCUAAAUUAUUGGGGGUUUUUUAAACCAUUUUUACUGACAUAAUGAUAACCAACUCAUUUUAUAUAUCAAAUUAUUGUUUUGUAAGUUGCAGCAUAAGCAAUUGCAGUUUUCAUUGUGAGUUUUUCCCAAUAAACCAGGUUUCAAAUCUUU